AUGUCCUCUGAUGCUAGAAAGAGUAGUGGUUUAGAUUAUAAUGAGAAAUCUUUUAUUUAUUUGUCUACGAGUUAUUCAGAGAUUCGAAAUAUAAAUCUUGCCCUGCAUCCUGGUGAUUGGUUUUCACAAAACGUUGCACUUGGCUUUCAAUUACUCCUUUCGGAUCUUGAUCCCGAUCUUAUUGUUAUUGAUCACAGUGCUAGUUGUGUUCCUUUAUUAAAAUGGCGAUUUCCAAAAGUGAAGAUUCUCUUUUACUGCCAUUUUCCGCAGCAACUUGUCACACCAUCGAGGUUUUUUCUCUAUCGAUGGUAUUCGAAAUUAAUUGCCUUAUUAGAAGGAACCAUGUUUCAAUAUGCUGAUCUCAUUAUGGUGAACAGCCAUUUCACAGAACGCCAAUUUCUGCGCGUAAUGCCUGAAGUAAAUAUAUCGAAACUAAUGGUAGUCUAUCCACCAUGUGAUGUGGAUGCAGUCAGUAUUGGUGAUAAAGCUAUUAGUCGAUUCGAUCGACCUCGAAAUACACGAUAUACAUUUUUAUCGAUGAAUAGAUUUUGGCCAGAGAAAAGAUUAGAUAUUAUUGUUGAAGCUGCAGUUAUACUGAAGCGCAAAAAUUAUUAUCCGAGAAUACUUUUGGCUGGAUCAGUUAUGCCACAUAUUCCUGAAUCUCGCAUUUAUUACGAGAUUUUGCGCAAAAUGGUUAUCAAACUCGAUGUAGCAGAUGUCAUAGAAUUUUUGGAUUCUCCAACAGAAGCUGAAAAAUUUGCGUUGUAUCGAGCAUGCGAUACUGUAAUUUAUACACCACCGGAUGAGCAUUUCGGAAUUGUUCCAAUUGAGGCGCUGGAACAACGAAGACCAGUUAUAGUCUGCAAUAGUGGUGGCCCAGCAGAAACUGUUCUUGAAGGCAUCACUGGAUCAAAGAUCAACGAUCCGGACGGCGGUCUGAUGGCAAAAGCCAUGGAAGAACAUAUUCUUAAAGGUGUAUGGCCUGAACUUGAUUAUGAUAAUGAAUAUAUGCAACAAGUAAAAAUUUUAAAAAUUCUAUAA